AUGAGCAACCUCGGCAACGACACGGCGCACCCUGUGCAGCACGGCGGCGUUCAAGGACAACAGACGGCGCCCGUGCUUGGUGCGCACCCCAGCAUGAACGUGCCUGCAUACCCCAAGACGGCAACACCUGGCGGAUUUUACCAUCCGCAGCAUCAUGCGCAGCCCUACGCCACCGCCAACGGCACGGUAUGGGGUUCGGGCCGUGACCCACGGACUGCCGGAGCUAUGGCUCCUCCGGCAGGUCUCCCUGGCAUAUGUGGGGUUUCCGGUGUUGUGAGCGCCGCGGCAUCCGCCGCUCAAGCUGCUUGGCUAGGAAGUCAAUCGGGGCGUGCUUCGGAGGCCCUUCCAACGGCGAAGCGCACGCACGACGGGCAGCUUGUUCAGCACGCCCGCAGCCAUGCAGGAUGGGCCCAAGCACAGGGUUGUCCCCGAGACGGGGCGCCCCCUCCUCACUCAGCGCCUUCCCCCGGCCCUCUCACCGGCGCAGCAGCGAGUUCCACCCCUGUUGCAACCUCUAACGACAGCGGCGUGCCUCAUCAACCAGCUUCUUCUCCCCGAGGGGCGGCCGCCGCCGGCGCGCCUCCAACGGACCUCACCGGCAGCUUGGUGGAUCCUCCUCGCUCGGCUUUUCUCCCAGGCCCUCCCUCCAGCGCGGCGAUUGCAGGACCGGCUACAACCGACCUCGCCGGGUUGGGAGAGCCUCUGGCUGGAUCGGGGGAUGCAAAAGGAGUUGAGGGCGCCGCCGGCGGUGCUGUGCAGCUGUUGGCCGUUGCUUCCAAUACGGCGGUCGCGGCAGCCGCGGGGAAGGAAAACGUGCACACCCCGCCGAAAAAAGGCGGACAGAACUACAACGGUCUGUACCUGAGUCUGCUGCUGGAGGCCCUCCUCGAUGCUUGCAAGACCAGGGACGAUGGGAAGUGGAGGAUGAAGACGACAUGCUCGACGAAUUGGGGAGAGCAGAAGGCCAUAGCGGAUGCCGUGUUCGAGAAGUGGCAGAAGGCCAGCCUGGAUGAGCGCAUGCGCUAUGGGGGAAGAUCCGAUUCGACAUUGGAGUAUGGGAAGGGAGCGCAAGCUAACUUCCUCACGAGCAAGAAGCACCAGUACCGGAAGUGGGCGAACCAACCCGCGGAAGCACGGAACGCGGCGAACGCCACCAGCACGAUGUGGCGUAGGCUCGCACCGACGAUGGAGGCCUUCUUCCGCCUCGACUCCGACACGGCUUGCGACGAGCCCAACGCGCAGCAGUCGAAGGCUCAGGGGGUGUUCAAGGACGCGAAGAAGAAAAAGCACAAGAAGCUCGUCCAGAGCAUGAACCCGGACUACGAUCGGAUCCCUGCCGGGGAAUCCGUCAUCUGGGAGGACUACAGUUCGUUUUGGCGCGACGUGGUGCCCCCCGUGCCGGAGGACCAGAGGGCUGAGGUGGAACAACAGUUCCCGAGCCUGCGUCGUAUGAUAAGCAUGGCCAGUUCGAAGAAAUUCGAGAGUAAACUGUUCCGUUACGGCGAAGGAAAAAUCACGCAGCGCACUGCGUCCCUGGUGGUCGACACCAUUCACGAGAUGUUGUACGUCCCUCGGAUGAAGUAG